AUGCCGGCAAGGACUGAGAGUGCGGGUUUGUUUGCAGCAAGCCCUCCGCCAUCGUCGUCUCGAACAUCAAGAAACCGCUCCAUCUCCGAGUAUAGCACGUCCAUUACAAGCAGUGAUGGCACUCGUCGGAAGGAUAAGACUGGGAGUCGUGAGGCAAAACAAAAGGAUGGCAAAGGGCGGUGGCUCAGCCAAGUAAAAGAGUGGUUCAGUGCUGGCGAACCAUCGGCCCACGACUGGAAACAAUUCAAGAAGGAAGAAUACCAACGGAGAGGCAUCAGCAUGGGUGAUCCGAACGCACAGGCCAAAAUGCAUGCCCCCAUCGGCCAAAUACCGAAGAGCGCCACCAAACCAUCCGGCGGACCUGAUCCCGCCAAAAUGGCACGGAAACGGGCAGAGCAGAGGUUGAACAGCCCCUCGUACGCUGGGACUCCGCCAAAGACGGCGCAGUCCAACUCCUCUGGAUCAACCUCUAGCUUCAAGGAUCGGAACAUUAUCGCUCCUUGGGCCUCCUGA